AUUCACGAUUAUAGUUUUCGCGUCAACAACCUCAAUGGAGGACCCUUUGCCGUCUUAUGAAGGCCUUGCAGCGGCCUUUGCAAAGGCAAAGGCUGAGAAGGAAAAAGAGGAAGCUGCAGGCUUGAGGGACAGAACAGACGAUGCAAAGGCAGCUAACAAUCAAGGAGAGGUUCGAUUCAAGGCUGCCCAUGGCCUCUUACUCGCCUUCUUCUCUUGGAUCCUUCUCCUCCAUGUCCUAGGCAUCUACCUAUUUACCAGUGGAUUCCUCCUUACCCGACUUGUCCUCGACUACAAAUCUUCCUGCGCCGUGCCUCCUGUAGAUUUAACGCGAUCAUACCAGGUAGGGUCGCCAGAGUUGGGGUGUUGGCAUCCCAAGACCUUUGAAAAAGCAGUCGUCAUCAUCGUCGACGCCCUCCGAUACGACUUCACCGUCCCAUUUCGACCCCAAGGCAUAGACGACAAGCCCCAUCACUACCACAAUGCGAUACCCGUCUUCUACGAGACAGCGGUCCAGCAUCCCACCAAUGCCUUCCUACUGCCUUUCAUCGCCGACCCUCCGACCACGACGUUACAGCGAUUGAAAGGAUUGACAACCGGAACACUGCCGACAUUCAUUGACGCAGGCUCAAAUUUUGCUGGGACGGCCAUAGAAGAAGACAACCUCAUAGCACAACUACGGAGCGCUGGUAAGAGGAUAGUUCAUCUCGGGGACGAUACCUGGCACGCCCUGUUUCCUGGCUAUUUCGAACCCGAUCUCACAAGGGCGUACGACUCGUUUAAUGUGUGGGAUUUGCAUACGGUGGACAACGGCGUCACGGAGCAUAUUUUCCCUUUGCUACACCCAUCAAAUACGAGCAAAUGGGAUGUCGUAUUUGGGCAUUAUCUUGGAGUCGACCACGCUGGUCACAGAUACGGUCCCGAUCACCCUGCCAUGACCUCCAAAUUGGAACAGAUGGACGCAGUAUUCCGUAGAAUGAUCGAAACCCUCGAUGACUCGACGCUCCUAGUUGUCAUGGGUGAUCACGGUAUGGAUGCGAAAGGUGACCAUGGCGGCGAAUCAGACGAUGAGAUUCAAGCGGCAUUAUGGAUGUACUCUAAGAAAGGCAUUUUUGGACGUAGCGCCCCCGCCAAAAUAGAACCUCCAGCUACGGCCAAAGAGAGGCCUGUUGCUCAAAUCGACCUUGUGUCUACUCUAUCCCUCCUGCUGGGCAUGCCCAUUCCAUUCAACAAUCUUGGAGCCCCUAUCGAAGAGGCAUUCAUCGGUAAAAAGGGGCAGGACUACGAGAAUUUAGCCCUAGUCAACCGUCUUGCAACAUCUCAGAUCCACCGGUAUCAACACGAGUACGCUCAGGCACGAGGCUUGGACGAGAAUGCGAGAUCAAGUUCGUUGUCUCUCUGGGCAGCAGCGGAGGAUUCCUGGGUAUCUUUGGUUAGAGCCAAGUCACCAUCCGCAAAGCAGUGGAACAAUGCGUAUUCGGCCUUUUCUGCAUAUCAGCGCGAGACUCUAAGUGUCUGUCGCGCUCUAUGGGCCAGAUUCGAUGUAGCGAGGAUGGUCCAUGGUGUCGAGAUCUUAGCCCUUACGCUUAUUGUCCUAGCCAUCUAUGCUCGUGGUAUUGAUGGAGACCGAACUGAACUAACCCCAGCUCUAUUCCUCAGGGCUAUGAUCGGUACGGCUCUUGGUUUAUUAGUUGGCCUAGCUACAGGGUUCGGUGUGCCCUCACUGCCACUCGAACACACUGUAAUAUACGCCACGGCGGUAGGCAGCGCUGCAGGCUUUGCUUCAGGCUUUUGGUACGUACGGCGACGACUAGUAUCGCCCAUUCCACGUUCAAUAUGGGGUUGGGUAGGUGUCACCCUCACGGUCGCCCUCUCGGUGGGCUUCGCAUCCAAUUCUUUCACCAUUUGGGAGGACGAGAUCCUGCUCCACUUCUUGACCACGUUUGGAGUCCUCAUGGCGAUUUCAUCUUUUCGACAAGCAGACAUUAUCGAUCGAGCGCUCGGCUGCUAUCACUCCAUCUUAUUUAUUGUCCUCACUCGCAUCGCCUCUCUCUCUAGACUGUGCCGAGAAGAACAGAUGCCGUAUUGCAAAUCAACGUAUUAUGCCUCUGCCAACUCCUCUACUUCCGCGAUUUGGCAAUUAGCUAUUCCUUUCUUCGUGGCUUUCACACUGCCCAAUCUCCUCCGAUCAUACUUCAAGAGCACUCAAUCUUACCAAGGUUCCGCCAUUUUGUGGAUUGAUUUCGCAUUCCGCACUGGAUUACUUAUAAGUGCUGCUUUUUGGACAAUGGAUGCAGCAGAUGACGGAGAUUGGUUCCCUGGGUACGGAGCUUUACUGAAGACCUCCAAAAUUAUCCUAGCACAGAUUGUUUUUGCUAUAGCUUUAGCGGCCGGAUAUUCUACCUUCGCCUGGGCCGCUCCAUUACUCAACAUCGAGACGAAAUCCAAUUUGACUGCUGAAAAGUCUGAGGAGCGCUCCCGACAAGUAGUAGCAGAAGGUGGGAGCUCGUCCAUCACUAUCCUGGGCUAUGCGAACGUUCAUGGGUCCAGAUAUGCCCUCCUCAUCACCAUGUGGCUCCUUGCUGUCAUUCUAGUACAAAAGCCAAUGGGUGGAGGUGCUAUCGGGCUUCUGGGAUGGCAAAUAUUCUCUCUGUUCGAAAUUAUUGACACGAACCACCUGUCGGAGACACCAGUCGGUCCUCUGGUCCUUGGCUUCCUAGGCUCUUUUCACUUCUUCAAGACGGGCCACCAAGCAACGCUUUCCAGCAUUCAAUGGGAGAGUGCUUUCAUCCCCCUCAAGACCAUCAAAUAUCCAUGGUCUCCACUUCUCAUCAUUCUAAACACUUUCGGGGCGCAGAUCAUCUGCGCGGUUGCUGUACCGGCUGUGGUCCUCUGGAAACAACCUCCUAAGAAGAAAGGACUGCUCGGGGAUGUUGCGAAGGCGAUAGCAACUCACUUGCUAUUCUACGCAGUCAUCAACCUCGCCACAACAAUGUGGGCUGGUUGGCUACGGAGACAUCUGAUGCUGUACCGAAUCUUCAACCCGCGCUUCAUGGCUGGUGCAAUUGUUCUACUGGUCGUUGAAGUGGUGGGAAUCUUGAUUGCGCUCUUGGGAGUUCGGUUGAACUUCCUCAGCGUUGCGGAGAUAUUUGGUUGGAGCUAAAUAAUCCUACCCUGUUGCUUUGACUCGUCGUGUCACUUUUUCUUUUCAUCCACAGUUUUGCAUUGCUUUGGAGUCUUUGCGGUCAUAGAUAAAAUCAGCAUCUUGUCAGCUUUUUGGAGAGAUGAGCGCCCUAGUCCAUUGACUGUAUUAUACAUCAGACCUUCUACAGCACUUUUCAUCGCGAGAAAGUAGUAAUGCAACUACAAUCAACGUUAGAUGGCGUCA